AUGGCCACCAACGGAGUACUGCCACUCGCAAUCAGCCUAGUCAUCUUCUCGGUAAUCUUUACCAUUGCAUACAGACAAAUAGAUGACAGAUACAAGGUCGGGCCCUACAUUCAAUUUCUGAGAAGCCUGGAUGGCGUGAAACUCUGGGUUUUCUGGCUCCCACCAGCUAUGUCUAUAGGCCUCUUUAUUGCGAUGGCACUUGGAGUGUUCGAGACCAAGAACCAGGACCUGGACGAGCAACGAAUUUCCAGCAACGCUUCUCCUACAGGCUAUGGGCCACCGCCAGCAAAGAGCCCCCCUCCAACAACUACAGCUUCACCGACUCCCACUGCCGAAUCGGCGCAGGCGCUGAGAGACCGACUCGCCGCGGAGGAGGCGGCAACGCACAACGCAACGCAGAUCUGUCCCGGUACUGCUGCGGCUCUCUCCCCAGGCGUUCCGGUUUUCACGUCAGCCGAAGCCGGAUGCGCCGAGAAAUCGACCGCGUAG